UUCUCUCUCUCUCUCUGGCUGAAACAGACUUCUGUUGGGCAGCUGUUGGAAGUGAACUGAAGGAUUGUCAGUCUUCAGAGCGCAGUCAGCUCAUCAGCCCGUCUAGAGCGUCAGUCGCUCCGCGGAUAGGACACCCAGCUGCACGGUCACGGACCCUUUUACGCACAUGUUGGCAUUGUGAGAACAAGGAUCCAGCAGUUUCCCCCACUCAAAACUUGUCCUGGAAUACCCUGUUUGAUUGUUGGCAACAUAAUUUGAAAAAGUCAUCAGUUAAAAGACGGAGUGCAUCUCCUCAGCAGAAUGAAGGGAUUUUUACCUUUCUUCACCAUGAUUCUUGUUGCGCUACGGGUCGCCACCGUCUCAGCGACCAAGUUAAAUGUCCCGCGCCUGAGACUGUCAUAUAAAGACCUGCUGUCCACCAACAGGUCGUCCAUCUUCAGCGGUCACCAUGGCCAGCUCUCUCUCACCGCUGUCUUUCUGGAUGAGUACCGGGACCGCCUCUUCCUGGGAGGGAAAGAUAUCCUGUACUCUCUCAUGCUGGGACCUGCCAGCAGCGAGUCCAAAGAGAUAUACUGGCCUCCAUUACCUGGCAACAGAGAGGACUGCAUUCAAACAGGAAAGGAACCACAGACAGAGUGUGCCAACUUUGUUCGCCUCCUGCAGCCCUACAAUCGCACCCACCUCCUGGCCUGUGGCACCGGGGCCUUCCAGCCUAUGUGUGCCUUCAUCUAUGUGGGGCACAGAGGAGAGCAUGUGUUCACCAUGGAUCCUACAAAUGUAGAGAAUGGACGAGGGAAGGUUCCACAUGACCCCAGCCUGCCCUUUGCUAGCACCUUCAGUGGUGGGGAGUUGUAUACAGGUCUGACGGCGGAUUUCCUGGGUAGAGACUCUGUGAUCCUGAGGAGUAUGGGAGGACGCUCCCCCAUGAGGACAGAGACUGACCAGAAACUUCUUCAUGACCCUAAGUUCAUCGCUGCCCAUCUCAUCCCAGACAACGAUGACAGAGACAAUGAUAAAGUGUAUUUCUUCUUCACUGAGAAGGCCACCGAGGCAGGGGACAGGGAGGGGGCCAUACACACACGAGUUGGACGAGUGUGUGCGAAUGAUGUUGGUGGUCAGAGAGUGCUGGUGAACAAGUGGAGUACCUUCAUUAAAGCCAGACUGGUCUGCUCUGUACCUGGACCUCACGGCAUCGACACACACUUUAACCAACUGGAGGAUAUAUUUCUGCUGCGGACCAAGGAUGAGAGGAACCCAGAUGUCUAUGCAAUUUUCAGCUCCAUCAGUAAUGUGUUCCAGGGUUUUGCUGUGUGUGUUUACCGUAUGGCUGACAUCAGAGAAGCCUUCAAUGGACCUUUUGCCCAUAAAGAAGGGCCCGAUUACCAGUGGGGGGCCUACGAAGGCAGGGUCCCUUAUCCAAGACCAGGCGUGUGCCCAAGUAAAAUCACCAACCAGCCAGGCAGAGAGUUUGGCAGCACAAAAGACUUCCCUGAUUCAGUACUGCAGUUUGCCCGCAGUCACCCGUUGAUGUGGCGGCCGGUGUAUCCCGCUCUGCGCCAGCCUGUGCUUAUUAAGGCCAACAUUCCUUACAAGCUGAAGCAAAUUGUGGUGGACCGGGUCGAGGCAGAGGAUGGGCUGUAUGACGUCAUGUUUAUUGGCACAGAUGUUGGCACAGUACUGAAGGUGAUUGCCCUGCACAGUGGAAACAGCCUGGAAACAGAGGAGGUCACACUAGAGGAGCUGCAAGUCUUCAAAGUGCCAACUCCAAUUACAUCAAUGGACAUAUCCGUGAAAAGGCAAGCCCUGUAUGUAGGCUCUCCAGCAGGUGUGGCACAGGUUAAGCUGCAUCGCUGUGAGACUUAUGGCAAAGCCUGUGCCGAGUGUUGCCUGGCCAGAGACCCUUACUGCGCCUGGGAUGGAUCAUUGUGCGCACGAUACAUGCCCAACAGCAAACGACGCUACCGCAGACAAGACAUCAGGCAUGGAAACCCUGUGCUGCAGUGUGUAGAUCAGAAUCUGAGUGAAGACCUUGAUGUGACAGAAGACAGGGUGGUGUAUGGGACCGAGAACAACAGCACCUUCCUAGAGUGUGUUCCUCGCUCUCCUCAAGCUACUGUGACCUGGCUCCUCCAACGUGAUGACCGCAAGGAAGAGGUAAAGCUGGACGAACGGGUAAUGUCCACAGAGCAGGGCCUUCUGUUUCGUCGUCUCUUCCGCCAGGACGAAGGCAUCUACAUCUGCCGCUCUCGAGAGCAUGGCUUCACACAGACUCUGGCCCGCCUUACUCUCGAAGUACUCCAGGGGGAGACUGUGGAUGAGCUCAUGGCACGUGACACCGCUGGCCUCACCGACACGUUCAAAGACCGGUCCACAGGAAGCUAUAGGGCCUGGAUGCCUUGUAGCGCAUACAGCAGGGGCGGCUCAUCAAGCCAAAUAGGCCAAUCGCGUACAUGGUUUAAGGAUAUCAUGCAGCUGAUUGGACCGUCAAACCUGCCCCAUGUGGAGGAGUACUGUGAGAGGAUGUGGUGCAACGACAAGCUGAGGAGGAAGCACAAGAGCAUGCUGGAGAAAUACCGCCAAGCGCAGGAGAGCGCCAGGAAGGCACGUAGCAAGAGCUCUGGCGAACGCAACCGAACGCCGAGGGAUCUCAGCGCAUGGGAUGAGUAACGGAGAGAAAGCGACCGGGGGAUAGAGAAGGAGAAAAUGAGCGAAGUAUUAAGGGACAAAGAUUUCAGUACAGGACAAGAUGAAUUGGGCAGCAAAAGAGUCAAGACCAACAUCAACUCCUAUUAGUUGAAACUUUGGAACUUGGUUUGUAAGAAUAAAUUAGAUCAAAACAAUGUGUCUGCUGCGUUGGCAAUUAAACCUAACAGAGUGUUUCUUAUUAGUGUAUGUGUAGGUCAGGUGCAAGGGGUUUGCCCAAAAAAGACAUAAGGUUGUCUGGAAAGACAGCAUAAAAGAGACUGCUACUGAACUGGUUGUGUUGCUGAUGUUAUGAUGUUGAUAAAGAUAAGAGACAAUCUGUCAAAUACAAUCUGAGGAUGCUUUAUUUUAACAUCCUAUAUACUUUAUGGUUGAAAAUAGCAGACACUGCUUUCAUUUCAUCAAGUCAUAUAAAACCCUCACAACCUUCAGAUUUCUAAAACGUAUGCAUGCCUAUGGACUGACUCUUUGAUGAACAGUUUGUGUUGGCUCUUGGCAAAUUAGGACUUCAAAAAGAGGGGCUUCACAUUUACAUACUUUGCAUCUCUGAACUAUAAAAUACCAAGUUUGUCGAGUGCAGCCUUGACACAUAUGGACACAUGCUUUCCAUUUAUCUUUGUCACAUUUCACUGGAUCCAUCUUCUUUUCACUUGGUAUUUAAUGGUCCAUGUUUCUUGCCUUGCUAUGCACUUGGCUUUAAAACAAAAAAUAUUCAAGUGUGACUUCAGAUCAAUACAUAACUGAGUUUUCAGUGUAUUUAUGAGAACCAUAUGAAACUAAUGCAACCAGGCGUAGACACUUACUGUAUCUGAUCUUGCCACUGUACAUGUACACAAACAGUCUCUUAUAUAAACUGAGAUCCCGUUCACCCAUCACACUGAAUGCAUAAGCUCAACUAGCUCAAACUGGAAGCUACCAUGAGACGACUGUUGAUGGUUCAACAGAUUAAAGGCACAUUGCUUUAUUUUUACGGCUGUGGGUUGAACAUUCCAUUAAACACCAGCUACAGAUCAAGAUUUCCCCCUUACUUUCAUGCCUCUGGGCACGUACCAUAACAACUCCUGGAAUGUACCUAAAGGCCUCAGCCAAUUGUCGGUAUUGGUUUCAAUGGGAAUCCUCUUGCAACUCAACUCAUUGAAUACUAAGUCUGUGACUUUAACACCAAUCCAGCAUGUAAGACUACAAAUGAUGAUCAUUUUUAAGUCAUUUUUCAAUUAAAUUGUAUUUCUUUAGUAAUUGUUUAGUUUAAAACAGCCAAGGUGACAUUUUCAAAGUGCUUUUUUUCCAACCAACAGUUAAAAAUCAUCCAUUAAAGUAGAAAUGACAUUCUCCGACCUCUCUGUCGUAGCCUCUCCCCACACACUACAAUCAUCCACUAAACUCAUUUUUCCACAGUUCUUCUGUGCUGUAGUUUUCCAGUGACAAUAGAGGGAACAAUGGAAGGGGUUAGCUGUAAUAGUCCUCUCCAUUUCUGUUUUUUGCUUUGUAAACACUGGUUUUAUGACGGUUCAUGGUUUGAACACAUCCACAUUGUUAUUGUCUUCAGUUGUGUUGUUAAAAUAUAAACUUUUACGUUAACUGAAUCCAAAGAAGGGUUUCCUUAAACAUGUGGGAGAAUGGAGGGUUGAAAACAGGUAAAGAAAAAGGGCCUUGAAAAGGGUGAGAUGUGAGCAUUGUAACCUUAAGGAGUGGAGGUCAAGGAAGACCGACUGCAGGCUGAGCAGAACGAAUGCCAAGGUUCAAUUUAGGUCACUGUGUACAUAAGAAAUCCCAGCUUAUAUUUUCUACAUUUGUUCUGGGAUAGAUCAGAUGUUGGUGGUUAAGUGGCGAAAUCAUCAGUUUCCAAGUAAAAACGCAACUAAAGUGUUGUAUGUUUAUUGGAUUAAUUUGAAGACAGCUAAACACCUUUAAAAAAACACAAUCAGCUGUUCACAAAUAGCCUGUUGUUGCCAAAGAACUGAGAAGCUCCAUUGUUUAAAAUUAGCCAGGAAACAACAUCAACACCAGUGAACUUGGUAACCUUUAUGUAACUUUCAUGGCGUGUGAAUAGCUUAUGAGAGGA